GCGCGCGGCGCCACCGCGGCCCCUCAGAAGGCUCGUCAUGGCGCUGAGGCGGCGGCCCCCUCUCCGGCUCUGCGCCCGGCUGCCCGACUUCUUCCUGCUUCUGCUUCUCAGGGGCUGCUUGAUAGGAGCUGUAAACCUCAAAUCCAGCAACCGAAACCCAGUGGUACAAGAAUUUGAGAGUGUGGAACUGUCUUGUAUCAUUACGGAUUCACAGACAAAUGACCCCAGGAUUGAAUGGAAGAAAAUUCAAGGGGACCAAACCACAUACGUAUUUUUUGACAACAAAAUUCAGGGAGACUUGGCAGGUCGUGCGGAAGUACUGGGGCAGACUUCCCUGAAGAUCUGGAAUGUGACUCGGAAAGACUCAGCCCUUUACCGCUGUGAAGUUGUUGCUCGAAAUGACCGCAAAGAAAUUGAUGAGAUUACCAUUGAGUUAAUUGUGCAAGUGAAGCCAGUAACCCCUGUCUGCAGAGUACCCAAGGCUGUCCCCGUUGGCAAGACUGCGACACUGCAUUGCCAGGAGAGUGAGGGCUUUCCCCGGCCCUACUACAGCUGGUACCGCAAUGAUAUGCCACUGCCGACGGACUCCAGGGUCAAUCCCAGAUUUCGAAAUUCCUCUUUUCUCUUAAACUCUGAAACAGGCACCCUGGUGUUCAGCGCUGUUCACAAGGAGGACUCCGGGCAGUAUUUCUGUAUUGCCUCCAAUGAUGCCGGCUCAGCCAGGUGUGAGGAGCAGGAGAUGGAAGUUUAUGACCUCAACAUCGCUGGCAUCAUUGGGGGUGUUCUGGUUGUCCUUGCCGUCCUGGCCCUGAUAACGCUGGGCAUCUGCUGUGCUUACAGACGUGGCUACUUCAUCAACAACAGGCAGGAUGGAGAGAGUUAUAAGACCCCAGGGAAGUCAGAUGGAGUUAACUAUAUCAGGACAGACGAAGAGGGUGACUUCAGGCACAAGUCAUCAUUUGUGAUCUGAAACCUGGCCGAAUGGCUGAGAGCAGUGCAAAUACCUCUACUAGAACCUCCUGUCCGGGGCAGCCGUGAACCCGCCGAGUGCACCAGGACAGAGCUAGACACUCAUGCAGAAGCUUUUUGUUUUGGCCAAAGUUGACCGCUACUCCUUUCUUACUCUUUUAACAAGCCACACGAAUAAAAGGUUUUUCCUCAAGAUGGGCAUGGUAACCACAAGGAAACAGAAUGAGCACACCGACUUGGAUUCCCACGCGUAUUAGGACAGCAGCUCUCAGGCACAGGCUCUGUGAAGCCAGUGUAUUUGUCAUUGGCUGUCAGGCAGCCAGAUGGGCCCAUGGGAGGUGACAAGGCAGCUGUGUGCCUGCCCUCGGCCCACAUUUGCAUCUGUGAACCCAGAAAAAGGCUCACAUGAUAGCCUUGUUCCACUGCCCACAGGCCCCCCACACUGUGUUCCUAAAGGCUCUGGUGGUUACUGUUGCAGUAGCCAUCUUGGGAAAUCUUUUUGGAUCAGCAUUUUAUAAAAACAACCAAAAAUCAGGAAGGUAAAUCCUUGCUGGAAGUGGGGUCUUCUAAUCUGGGGAACCCUGCAUGUGCAAGAGGGUGUCAGCAUUGAAGCAAAACCUCUGAAAUAGGCUAAGUCAGAAAUGGUACGGAAAUACGCUUUUUUAUGGGUCUUGUUUAUUUUAUAAAAUUUUACAUUCUAAAUUUCUGCUAAAGAUGUAUUUUGAUUAUUGAGGAAAAUUUCUAUUUAAACUGUAAAUAUAUUGUCAUACAAUGUUAACCUAUUUUUUUAAACAAAGGUCAAUUUAAUGUAGAAGUUCCAAGCAAAUAGUGUUGAAUUGGAAAAUAUCAGUAAUUAAGAGUAUUUUAUCCAAGAACUCCUCUCAAGAAAGCUUACUGGAACAUUCCUUUUGCCACGUAAGGUUUAGCAUUUUUCAUAAGAGAACUUAGGACAUCUGUACAUCAGACAGUUGUUAUUUAGGAAACCUUUGAAAAAUUCUCAUCUAGCAGUAUUGAAAUCUGUGUCUGCCCAAGCAAACCUAAGGCGCUCUCAGGUUAGCUUUGAACUGCCUCUCCCCAAGACCCCCAGAAGCCUUCAGGUGUCCACGUAGAGACCACUCUGUCCACCUCCCAGGGUGAGUCGCAGCCAGGAUGCCCUCCCCGUCCAUCUUUACAACCCCUGAGGUGCUGGACCCCUCGCCUCCACGGUGGUAUGCACGCGUCCUGGAGCACUUGUGGCAUCCCAGCCUUUGGGUUCUCGUGACAGACCUCUUUAUGGCUGUGGACGGCUCACAAAACAAAGCAGUUACUGCCAUUUCUAAAGUUCAUUUUAAUUAGUUGUGUAGUUCAAUGAGGUUGUCCAGGGCCAAGGGCAAUUUUGAAAUCAAGUUUGUCCACUGCAGUAUUUUUACAGAGGAAUCCCACCGUUCCUCUUUGCCAUGAAGAAAGCGCCCGGCACCACAGGUUCUCCGUCUGCUCACAAUAAAGCAUUGUGUGGCAGCAGCCAGCCUAGCCUUCUGAAGAAUGUUGGGCAGUGCAGCCAGGGUAAAAAGCCUGAUGGCGAGGACAGCACACGCCUGAAUCAAAAGCAGUUUUCUAAUUUUGAUUUAAAAUAUUUUAUCUGCCCGAGACAGUGCUCACUUUGUGGGGACAUUAGAAACAUCAUCCAAAGCCUUUGUUCUUCAAGAGCAGAUGUUCUUAGCCUCAGAGACACUGCUGGGCUACACUCAUGAUGUGAAGGGGUUUGAAGCAAGGAGUUUCUCAAAAGGAACAUCUAAUUCCAUUGUGUGCCUAAAGGAUGGUUUUUAUGUAGAAAAACAUAGUCACCCUGUGAUUCAACUUUCAGUGUCUUAAUUUUUUUGUACUUUGACAGUUUUUUUUUAAUUGAAUACUUGAGCCUUUUGUUGACUUUCCUUUGUAAGUUAUGUGACAUACUUUGUUAUGGGAUAUUUUGCAGAAGUCAUAGGCAACAGUACCUCUGUGGUACCUGUCUUCUUUUGCAUUGCUAUUUCGACUGCUUAGAGUUAAGACUGUCCCUUCAUCUUCACCUCCUCUUGGUAGAGGGGAUAGCUCCCCAGUCUAACUCUUGGGGCUUAACACUCUGCUCCCUUCUUGGCUAUCGUAAGAUGGGGUGGCCUGUUGCCUCCCUUCCUACACCCCAACCAUCUACCCCAGUGCCACGGGAGCUGGAUCUGUCAAAGGAGACAGCAUUAAGGUAUGGAGUUGGGGAAGCAGUUGCCUGUUACUGUGAAACUGUAGACAGAGCAGGAGCCCUCAAAUAUUUUUAAGAUGUGAAUGUGAGUUGAAGGCUCAAGGCCUGAACAGGCGGUGCUUCUAAGCUUUUGGUGUAGAUGUUGCUGUACAUAGAUGUUACAGACUUGUACUAACACACCUAUAAUUUGAUAUUUGUUAAAACUCAUUUAUAAAAGCUUUAAAUAAAUCAAUGUCUGCUCCAUC